UAUGGCCAUUGGGAUAACCUCAAUGCCAACGGUGCAACCCAGAUGGAUGACUAACUAGCGAACCGUUCAACUUUCUCUUUUUACUUUCUUUUUGGACGCCUUUUUGGAGAAUCGCGAACGGUGACCGCGUCGCAGACUCAAUGCCCUGAGAUCUCCCAUAUAUUCUUCUUGUCUUGUACUUUAUAUACUCAUCCAUUACUAUAUAAUCAAACAAUGCCCUCCCUCCCCAACGCAUCCACCGUCGUCUCGUGGUUCUUCUACCUAAUCCCAAUCUACAUAUUCGUCCUAGCGCCGCUCCUAAGCCAGAUUUUCCCCCGAGACGAAGAAGACACCUGGGGCCUCGACUACGCAGUCGCAUACGAUGCCGAGGGAAACGAGAUUCCCGCAUUGAACCUGGAAGAUGAUAGCUUUAUCAGCCCUGAGGAUGACGUACCGUUGAAUUGCCCCCGGAGGGAAGCGGGUGAGGAUUUCAAGGUGCAUAUAUUAUCCCGGGAUCCGUUGGUGAUAUACAUCGAGAAUUUUCUCACGGAGAAGGAGGCGGAUCAUUUAGUUGACGUUAGCGUCGGCCACUACACCCCCUCCAUAAUCUACGACGGCAGCACGCAACGCAUCGACCCAUCCGUCCGCCUCUCCGAUCGCGCCCUCCUCGCCCGCGAUGAAACAGUCCGCUGCGUCGAAGACCGCGCGCGCGCGUUCCAGGGCUGGCGCCCGCACUUGUAUAUCGAGCGCAUGUGGGCGCAGCGGUAUAACGCGUCGGGGCAUUAUCGGCAUCAUUUCGACUGGGCUGGGUCGGCGGCUAGGGGGGGAGACAGGGUUAGUACGUUUAUGGUGUAUUUGGCGGCGGAUUGUGUAGGUGGGGGGACGAAUUUCCCGAAGUUGGGGUGGCCGGGGUCGAAGGCAUGGUGUCGGUUUUUGGAGUGUGAUGGUGAUAGCGAGGGUAGCAGUGACAGUGGUGGGAAGACAGAAGGAAUCACGUUCAAACCGAUCAAAGGAAACGCGAUAUUCUGGGAGAAUCUCCGGGCGGAUGGACGAGGGAUCCCGGAGACUUGGCACGGGGCGUUUCCAGUGAAGGAGGGGAUCAAGGUUGGACUGAAUAUUUGGAGUUGGUAUCAACCGCCGCGGAGGCGCCAUGAUUAAUUCAUAUGUUUACACUCCAGCAAGAGAGUGUGGUAGGCUGUCUUACUGGAUUAGGCAGCAGAAUGACGGAGCGGAGAAUGUCUUGGCCGACGGGGGGAAAUGCCCAGAAUUGUUGCCGAGAGAGGAAGUCUUGGUGGGGUUGGUUGGUAUUACCAAAUACGCCAAGACCGUGCUAUUCGUAAGUAAUUCUCGCAUACAUACUUGUAAUAAGAGUGCGAGGUACUUUGUACAUAGUAGAGAAGAUGUAUGUUUAUUUUUAUGUAUCU